GCUGGGUUCCGGGCGGUGUGCGAGCGCCAUGGCGGCCGCGCGGGGCGGCGCUGUCCUGCUGCUCUUGGCGCUGUGCCUGCGGCCGCCGCCCGCCCGCGCCCGCAGCCUCCGCUUCGUGACGCUGGUGUACCGGCACGGAGACCGCUCGCCCAUCAAGGCCUUCCCGCGGGACCCGUUCCAGGAGAGCGCCUGGCCCCAGGGAUUCGGGCAGCUCACGCAGGUGGGGAUGCGGCAGCAGUGGGAGUUGGGCCAGGCCCUGCGGCGGCGCUACCGCGGCUUCCUCAGCGACACGUACCGGCGGCAGGAGAUCUUCAUCCGCAGCACAGACUAUGAUCGGACGCUGAUGAGUGCAGAGGCCAAUCUGGCAGGCCUCUAUCCCCCAGAGGGACAACAGAUGUUCAACCCUAACAUCUCCUGGCAGCCUAUCCCUGUGCACACAGUGCCCGAGUCUGAGGAAAGGCUACUGAAGUUCCCUUUGACCCCCUGUCCACGGUAUGAACAGCUACAGACUGAAACACGGCAUUCAGCAGAAUACAUAAAUAAGACCAAAGAGAAUUGGCAAUUCCUGAAGAUGGUGGCAAAUGAAACUGGGAUCCGGGAUAUCUCGCUCGAGAGUGUAUGGAGUGUGUAUGACACACUGUUCUGUGAACAAGCCCACAAAAUGGAUUUGCCUGUAUGGGUGACACCAGAUGUCAUGAUGCAGUUGAAGCAACUAAAAGACUUUGGUUUUGAAUUUCUGUUUGGGAUCCACAAUCGGGAAGAAAAAGCUCGUCUGCAAGGCGGGGUCCUGCUGGAUCACAUAAGGAGAAACUUAACCAAAGCAGCAAAUGUUUCUGCCCAUCAGAACCUGAAACUACUUGCCUAUUCAGCACAUGACAGCACACUUGUGGCACUGCAGAUGGCUCUAGAUGUCUACAACAAGAUCCAAGCACCAUACGCCUCAUGUCAUUUAUUUGAACUGUACCAAGAGGAUGAUGGUAACUUCUCCGUGGAGAUGUUUUACCGGAAUGAGAGUGGGAAGGAACCUUUCCCUCUGACAAUCCCUGGCUGUGAGCAUAAAUGCCCACUGCAAAGAUUCUUGCAACUCACAGAUCCUGUUGUUCCCCAGGACUGGGAGCAAGAAUGCAAGGUAGCCAGCAGCAUCCAUGACACAGCCUGUCUGCUGAGGAAACUUGGAAACCCUACGCAAUGACAGAGAAGAAGACCAGUACCUGGGAUUCCCCAAACUCUUUGAUACUCAAGUGCACUCCAUCUGCUGCUCAAAGAAAAACUACUUAAGGUCUUACUGUAAAUACUAGAUUUCAAGAAGCCAAUGAAGAUUAAAAAAAGGCCCACCCAUAGAGCCUGCCUGUCCUCACAGCAGUGGAAGGAGGAUGGCAUGCCCUUUCAAAUCCAGGCAUCAUCACUGUGACAGGCAUCCCACUGGGAUCCUUGUGUCCCAGGACCCAGUUUAUCUCUCCUUGCUCACCUGGCCAGUCAUCCCAGCACUACCUGGGUUCACUUUCUGCGCUAUUACAAGGUUGCAGGUGAACAGCCAAUUUGGAAAACAACCGUAAAAGCUGCCACCCGGAAAGAAUCAAGUGGGGAAAAGUAAUGCAGAAGCUAAUCCAAAUUCUCUCACUUACCUUUAAGCACUGAAUGGAAGUAACUAAUUGGAGAGUUGAGGCUUCCUCAUGAGUCCACAGAAAAAGCAACAGUCUGAGAAGGUAAUUCUUAGAGCUGCCUCUAACAAUUCAUCUCCCCUUUUCACUCAUUACUAAAGGAGCCCAGACUCUUAAUUUUGGUAUUUUGGAUAAGCACCAAAAGCUAGGUGGAAUGAAUUGGUGUGAUCCUUAUGGCAUGCACUGCUUGAAGUCAGUGGCAUUAGUGGAGAAGCACGGAGAGAACUAUGAAUUGUCAUGUAAAAACCAUCUGACAACAAGCAGCACUGCUAGCAGGUGAAGAGGUUAGAAGGUCUGUAGAGCACUGAGUUUUGGGAAGUUUUAAGAACAGACAGCUGAGGAAAGCCACUGGCACCCUCACUCUCUCAUGUACAACAGGAAGUAAGCAGAAUCAAAGAGUCCCUCCCCUUCGGUGAAGAAAAGCUCUCUCCUACCCACUACCCCAUUUCAGGGAAAAAUAAAAAGAAUGAGCCUCCCUGAAAUUCAGAGGAUAAAGACAUGUAUGUGGGGAAGAGGAAGCCCAGCUCUCACAUAUUCAAGACAAACAUCUCUCUCUCUCUCUCUCUCUUUCUCUCUCUCGCUCUCUCUCUCUCUCUCUCUCUCCCUGUAGUGCUCCUGCCAGCAGGACACAGAGGCCCAAAGCAUUACUGUGUUCUUACUCCCAGUCCUCGGUGCUGGUGAAGACCCGGACAGUAUUGCCAUUAAAAUCCUGCAGGGUGGUAGUGCCGGCAACUGAUGAAGUGUACAGCUGACUAGGGUUAAAAGGGUUAAACUUCAUUCCUGUGAUGGCCCCUCCAGCUCCCAUCUACAAGGAAGGGGAUGAACAAAAGAAAAAUCCACUGAGUGAUGGGGAAGGAGAAAAGUGUGUUCUGUAAGUCUGCAUUCACUGCUAUGUCUAUAACAACAACAGUGAAACACACCACAGUCCUCUAAACAGGCAAAGAUAACCAUGUCUCCCACAUGACGGCUGUCUAGACAGCAGCCCUCCUAGAGGACAAAUAUGCAACUCCUUCAGUCCCCAGGCAAGGUAUUCCUUGCUGGCUUGCACUUCACUGUUUACAAAAAGAGAAAUAUUACUCUGGAAUUACUGGAGGAUAGAUCUCUCAAUGUAUAUUUAUGUUAAUUUAGAAAGGCAAUAAAAGUUAAAAAGUCUUUGAGCCCCUGUUGGAAUGGAAAUGGCUGAAAAAAGCAACAAGGGGGUAUGCCAGCUGUAUAAACCAUUCACUCUACCUUAGUUUCUCCCUUUAGAUAAAGGCACUUUGUCUCUCCCCACUCAAAGAUGUUUCUUCAUCUAAUACAAUAAAAGGUGAGAAAGAUCAAGACCUAAGGCAGACUGACCCUCUCUGCCUAGUCGUUUCUGGCAUCCCUUUAAGACAACUGUUUUACCAGUUGCUGUAUUAUUUUUCCACUGAGCACACACCAAGUAUUGCUUCAUUAUGAACUUAAUCACCACGCCUCAGUUCUCCCCAGUGCUAGAAGAGUCUGGGACUUAGGAACAGAUAUGCUGUUGCAUCUCAGUCCUGCCCUGUAACAGACUACUCUAAACCCAAGACCCUUAUGUGCUUCUCACAACAGACCUUAGUUUUUAUCUGCAGUAUUUUGUGGUAUUCCAGUUUUCCCUCCCACCCAUUCCACACACACACAGGCUUACCCCCUUUAUGAAGCACGUUUUAGUAAGUACUUCAUAGUCCCAAAGGAUGAUGUCUCCACCUUUGGAACCGACAGCUACUGUACUGGGGUGUGUUGGAUGCCAUUCCAAGCAUGUCACUCUCCUGUCAAAGGGACUUGCUGUUCGAAAGAGGCGAUAUGAGGCAAGAGAACGCAGAAAAGGCAACUGCAGACACUGUUAAAAAGGUAAAGAGAAUUAUGACUUUUGCAGGCAUCCCUGAGAUUCUCUGAAUGACAAGUGCUAACAAUUUCUAAUUGUCAUUAGUGUUAGUACGUUCACACAAAAUUCUAAACAUCUCUGUAAAAUGAAGAGGAUGAAUGCUGAACCCGAGGGGAACAGCCUGUGACCACACAAAUCCACAUCAGCCACAGCACUUAGAAAGCAACAGAGAACUGAGAGAUACCAUAUUUUAAAUGAUGUACAGGGUUAGGAGACUGUGGGCUGAGCUAAAAUGCGGAGUAAUUAACAAGGGAGAAGAACAUGCCUCCACACCAGGAAAAGGCACUUAUGAUUAUCUAUGUCUUUACUGAGCAUCUCAAAAUGUUACAUGUCAUCCAGAGAUACAAUAUUAUGGUCCUCCAUCCAAUUUGUCUGCAGCUCAACUACACAGCAUAGGGGUGAACAGAACACUUGAAAUAGGGAAUGAGAAACCAUGACAUAUUGCAUUGUUGUUCAGUUGAAAAACAGGUACUGCUUCGAUGAGCUUGGCAAUUUAUCAUUUGGACACUUAAAAUACAUAAAUCAUCAGGAAGAUAAAGCUAGCCCAAGUGCCUCCCACCUACAGAUGUUACAGAAAGAGUUAAUUUUCAAAUGAAAGGUGUACGGCUCUGGAAAACAGUAAAACAUUAUGGACUUGAUGGACUACAUCUGUGAAGAGGUAAAAAUCAACACUAAACCUGACAAGAUUAGCAAAGCAGAGUGGAUACAAGAAUAGUAUGACAAAACAGUCAGAGCAGCACGCAAAUGUACCACUGUGCAAUUACUCAGCUGGUAAACUGGGCAAGUUUAAACAUGAUUCAAGGAAGCACUGAAUUAACAGAGGAUAAAAUGUAGAUGACAGGGCUGGGUCAACCAGAAGGGAAAGCCAUCUCAUCUCUUGCAUUUUACACAACUAAGAAACAUAAGAGUGCAUCAGACUUGGAGCCACAAACUGUAUAGGAGGAGAACUUUAAGCCCCUUUAAGUUUUCCUGCUUGUGUUGAAGGUUUUUUUAUGUAGGGAGUUAUGUCCAACAGGUCAUGAAGGAGACACUCCUCACCUGCCUGAGUGGUGCCCGAAUGGAGCCUCCCAGCAUGUUCUGGUAGACAUAAUGAACAAUGCUGCGCUGCUGCUCCAGCUGAUGGGAAAGGACUCUCUUGUUUCUCACAACAGACCCACCUCCGCUCCAACCUGCCAGAUUGGAAAAGAGUAAAACUUGGUGAUAGGCAACUCAUUCACUUAACAGUAUGGGAAGACAUCUGCAUUUGCUGCUAUAUCCAUGAAAAGCUUCAGCCACAGGAUAAAAGCCUCUAAAUAGUUCUUAUAUUUCUUAAGGUACAGCAGCUUCUGCAACUAUGGAGUCCAGUGGUUCCCAUAGACUGCCAGAGCUUUGUGUAUGCUUCCUCUUGUUAAACCUUCCUUCUCUUUGCCAUCAAGGACAACAGGAGAGCACUAAAGCAAUACUACAGGUGGGUGGUGCAUCUCUUGGACAGUGUACAAUUUGAAUGGUUCAAGACAAAGCAAAAUGCUGCUACCCAAAACCCCAGCAACUUGUAAAUAUGCCAUGGGAGGUGGUAAGCCCCUGCAUCCAGCAAAAGAAAGGUCAGACGUGUGACCAGCAGAAACACCUGAAAAUUCCCCAAGCAUAGCACUGCGAGUUCCCACCCAGUUCCUGAAAUGCCUGCUUGUGAAUCAGAAUUUUCGAUCUGCCUGUGCUGGAGCCUGUACAGCCUGCCCACAGCACUGCGACUUUUGUUUUUGAUAAUAGACUUGCUGACGCCACAUCGCCUGAAAACAUUUCUGUUCAAAGUGAUUUUUGCUGAGAGUACAGCUUGUUUCUACAUUUUGUUCAUGUUCCAAGUUUUUAUCUUCAGGGACUUCUACGUAAAAACUAGAUCUGUUCAGUCCCAUGUCUGUGAUCUACUCAUCCCCACAGCGAUGGUCUGUAACACCCCGGGGGAUCCAGAAGUCAAAUGCAUUUCUUAAGAAACAUAAAUGCAAUUUUCAUUUAAGGAUAUUUAUUAAAAAGAAAAAAACAUAAGACUGAAAACACAUGGAUCAUUCUAUAUGAUCAGAACCUAAAUGAAAUCUUUCUUUAAUGCAGUGGUGGAGCCCAGAAAUGCACAGGUGUGAAACUGAACUUCUCUGUUCACAUGCCAACAUAGUGCCAACAUUUGUCACACCUGCUGAAAUACGUAUAAAAGUAUUUAUAUUCUAAUUUAUGUUUUUCACAGAAGAAUUAGUAUCCACAGUUCCUUCUUCAGAGAUGACAGAAAUUCAGGUAUUUUUUCCAAAUUCCGUUCUACAAUGAAGGAUAAUUUGUUAAGAAAUAAACUUCAGACCUUUUUAGAAUCUGCUGGAAGAAAUCCUUCAAAAAGGCUGUUCUAAUUGCAAGAAACAAAAGCUGUCCUGUAUGGCUCAGGAGAAAAAAAUGGUUUUUUCAAACACAUAAAAAUUGGAACACAGAAUUGAAAAGUUCAAAUACAAAGGUCUUCAUCUUUUUAAAAAAGGGUUAAGGGAAAAAUAUGACUGGUCUCAUUUUUCUGAAGUACUAGCUACAUCCAAUUACCUCUGAAUCUUACAGGAAUGGCAGAUGCUUACCAAAUCUGAAAAUCAGGCCAUGAAUUUACAAUAAAAUCAUGUAGCUAAAUUAACUACAUAAGAUGCUUUAACUAUCCACAAUUACAUACAGAACUCCUUUCAAAGAGUAUUUUGUCUCCACUGUUCACACUACUAACUGCUCCAAAUUUGGACCUACAGACCACACAAUGGAAAUGUUUAAAAUUGUAAAACCCCUGUAUCUUUGACUGUUGAAAUGCACUUCAGUAUUUUCUGGUUCCUUAAAGCCAAAAUUGUACAGAAAGUGUGUAGUAUCUCCACACAAGGCAGUAGCCCCAGUGAUCUUCUAAACCAUUGAUGGAAUUA